UCUUGAACCAUCUAUAAGGUAGGCACAAUAACAUUAUGAAUGGUACGACGGACUACGAGAAGAUAGCCAUAUCUAAGCAAGACUUGAAAUAUGUAUAUAAUCAGAUUCUAAAUAAAACUACGUCGAAAUUAGAUCUUCAUUUACCAACGUCAAAUAAUGAUCCUUUAAAAGCCAAGGUUGGAAAUUUAUUAGAUGAAUUUCUUCUAGAAGCAUUCGAACUUGCUAAAUCCGCUUUUAUUAUUGAUGGAAAGGAUAUAGAUGCUGGAGAUCAAUUAUCAAUCUCAGAAAUUCUUUCAUUAAGAGCAAAAGAAACUGUCGAACCAUUUGAUUUAAAUAUAAAUAGUCGAUUAAGAGAGAUUUUAUUACAAGUUGAACAAGAAACUGUUGAAUUAACCAAAUUAAGAAGAGAAUUACCUUUUAAAGCUAAAGAAUCUUAUGAUAACUUAGUCAGUUCGACUGAUAAAGAAGUAUCAACCAUAUUAGAAUUACUCGAACAACAAGAAAAAGAAGAGGAAGAAAAAGAUGAUAUCCUAAUGAAUGAAGAUGAAAUACCGAAUUUUUCAUCACUUCUACAAGAUUAUGAACGUCAUAUUCUAACAUUAAAUGAUUUGAAAAAGAGUAUACCACUUCGUAAAGCAGAAUUGGAUCGAUUUGAUGAAACUAUUCAAUUCCUAGAAACAGCAUAUAAGAAACAACAGAUUGAAUUUCAGUGAAUUUUUUUCAUAGAAUAUUUAUAGAACUCCCUCUCUCAUGAAUUAACGACCUUUUGCUAUACAGUGUUUUUACUUUUUAUUCAUACCUCGGGCUGGAAUUGCUCGUAAGACGGGGUUUAAAUUUUUUCGUAUCAGUGACCGGAAAUCG